ACUAUUGCUUGGAAUUUUAUCAGCUGCGUGGAAAGGAUCUUGGAAUGAACUGGAUAUGUAAAUAUUUAGGGCAUAGCAUUGUAAAUCGGCUUGACAUUUUGUCAAGUUAAUCUUGAGCGGCUUACCGUGAUAUUUAGUUUUCCGCUUUGCUUCGCAUCUUAUUAUUUUAGCAUAAUUUUUCCACGUCGGCGGAAAAUUUCUCAUUCUUAAAUACCUUCUUACAUGCAAAAUUUUAUAUACAUUAAAAAUGGAAAAAGAUUUUGCACUUGCUGCAUCUUUAGGAAAGGAAAAAUAUCCAAAACUCUCAUCUAAAAUUCUUCAAUAUGGUACUGCAGGAUUUCGAGAGAAGGCAUUUGAAUUGCCUCAUGUUAUGUAUCGUAUGGGCCUACUUGCUGUUCUGCGUUCAAAAGAAAAACAGGGGAAAACCGUUGGAAUAAUGAUCACUGCAUCACAUAAUCCUGAAGAAGACAAUGGAGUGAAAUUGUGUGAUCCCAGUGGGGAAAUGUUGAAUAAAGAGUGGGAAGAUUUUGCAACUGACUUAGUGAAUGUUAAUGAUGAAUAUCUUAGUGAUUGCUUGAAAACAAUUGCUUGCUCAAGUGGAAUCAAUUAUGAUAUCCAAGCUAAUGUUUUCUUGGGAAGAGAUACAAGAAAAAGUAGUGAAAGUUUAGCAACUGCAGCUUUAGAAGGAGUGAAAAGCUUAAAAGGAGAAGUGAAAGAUUUUGGUUUGCUGACAACACCUCAGCUGCAUUUUGUUGUGAAGUGCCAAAAUUUCCCAAAUUAUUCUACUCCUACACUACCAACGCCUGAAGGAUAUUAUAAAAGGUUCUCAAGUGCCUUCAACUCAUUGAUUAAGCAGAUGACUGACCAUCCACUGCAGGACCAUACAAGACAGGCAAAGUAUACUUCUGAAGUGUAUGUGGAUGGUGCAAAUGGCGUUGGAGCAAUGAAACUUAAAGAACUUCAGUCAUAUAUAGAUUCUCUUCAAUUUCAAAUAUUUAAUGAUGGAUCUAAUGGGAUUUUGAAUUUCAAAUGUGGUGCCGAUUUUGUAAAAGUUGGUCAAAACCCACCUGAAGGCUGUGUAAUAGAGAGUGGAAAAAAGUAUGCUUCAUUUGAUGGUGAUGCUGAUCGUCUGGUUUACUAUUACAAGGAUUGCACUGGCACUUUUUAUUUACUUGAUGGUGAUAAAAUUGCAACACUGUUUGCGCAUUUUCUUCAGCCUCUGAUUAAGGCAACAGAAUUAGAUCUUACGAUGAGAGUUGUACAGACAGCUUAUGCGAAUGGUAGUUCUACCAAUUACAUUGAAAAAACUUUGGGAAUACCUGUUGUUUGUGUUCCAACUGGUGUCAAAUAUUUGCAUCAUGAAGCAUUAAAAUAUGAUGUUGGAAUUUAUUUUGAAGCAAAUGGUCAUGGCACUGUUAUUUUUAGUAAGGAAGCAUUAAGACUACUCAAGGAAACUGGACUUAACUCCAAUGCAAGCUUUCAGCAACAAAUAGCGGCAAAAAAAUUGACAGCUGUGACGGAUCUUAUAAAUGAGGCCGUAGGAGAUGCAAUUUCUGAUCUACUUCUAGCAGAGGCUAUACUUUACUGCUACGGUUGGAAUGUUGAAGAUUGGAAUGCUAUGUAUACAGAUUUUCCCAACCGGCAGUUGAAAGUCACGGUGCCCGACCGCAACGUCUUCUCCACCACCGAUGCCGAGCGGAAGUGCGUGAAGCCAGAGGGCUUCCAAGAGGCUGUGGACAGGGUAGUCUCCGAAUUCAAGAAAGCCAGAGCGUUUGUCCGUCCCUCUGGCACAGAAGAUGUUGUGCGAGUAUAUGCUGAAGCCCAGACGCAGGAAGAAGCUGACAAACUCGCUAAAGACAUUUCUGUAUUGGUUAAAAAGUUUACCGGUAGUUUUUGAAAUUUUGCGAAAGAAAUAUGUGUUUAAAGAGCUUUGCUGUUGGUUUGCUUUGCAUUUAGUACUGGAUGUGUUCUAUUUAUAAACAAAGAUUUAAAUGUGAAAAUUAGGUUUAUACAAAGGGAAGAGGAUCAAAUAUUUUCUCUAUAUAUGUUAAUUUACUGGAAUUUUUUUUAAUUUUUUUUUUAAUUAAGAAGUAUAUAUAUUAUGAAAGAUUUA